AUGGUGGAAUAUUUUGCAGAACUGUUUAAGGCUGAGAAUGGUGAAAUGGAUGAGGUGAUUUCAUGCAUAAAUUCAAGGGCGCAACCUGAGGAUAAUAUUCAGUUGGUUCGACCAUUAAGUAUUGAAGAAGUUCGGGUUGCGAGUGCGUUUGUCGCUGGGCAUCUGAUUACUGAUAAUAUCAUGCUCGCGUAUGAGGCCUAUCACUUCUUCAAGCGAAAAACCCGAGGGAAGGUGGGGGUCGCGGCUCUAAAGGUUGACAUGAGCAAGGCUUAUGAUCGAGUAGAAUGGGGCUUUCUUCGUGCAGUUUUGAUGGCAGUUGGGUCCUAUUGUACCAGGAAGGGGGCCACAGCAGAUGAUCCGCUAUCGCCUUACCUUUUUCUGUUAGUGGCUGAAGGGUUAAGUUCAUUAAUUGAUCAAAGAAUGCGCAUGGGUUUCUUGCAUGGUAUUAGUGUUGCUCGGAAUGCUCCACCUAUUUCCCACUUACUCUUUGUGGAUGACUACUUUUUAUUCCUCAGAGCCAAUAGUAUGGAGAGUCAGCAGAUGAGGACGAUACUUGAUGUGUAUUCGGCUGCUUUAGGCCAACGGAUAAAUUUUGAUAAAUCCAUGGUAUGUUUCAGUACCAAUGUAUCGCAAAAUGAUAGACAUGACGUGGUCAACACUCUUGGUAUUAGUGAAGGCGAUACUACAGGAAAGUAUUUAGGAUUGCCAUCGCUUGUGAGUAGAAAAAAGAAGGUGAUUCUGGGGUAUUUAAAGGAUAAUAUCUUGAGCCGCGUUCGAAGUUGGAAUUCUCGAUUUAUGUCACGAGCAGGUCGUGAGGUCUUGCUUAAAAAUGUCCUUCAAGCUAUGCUGUGUUACGCCAUGAUGGUCUUUUUGCUACCGGUUGGACUCUGUGCUGAUAUUGAAUCCAUUCUGAAUAAAUAUUGGUGGACCGGAACAGUGGGAAAUGGCACAGGCCUGCGAUGGAAAUCAUGGAGUAGAUUAUGUGUGCCGAAGGAGAAAGGCGGUCUGGGGUUUAGGCGGAUUCGGGAAAUGAAUUUGGCCCUCUUAGGUAAACAUGUAUGGCAUUUGUUGAGUAGACCAGAAUCUUUAGUAGCCCGAGUAUAUAAGAGUCGUUAUUACCCUAAUAGCUCGUUGUUUGAAGCCAAUAUUGGGAAUAAUCCUUCUUUUAUUUGGAGGGGAAUUAUGGAAGCAAAAAAUGUUAUUCAAUUUGGUUUCCGUAGAUGUGUGGGUGACGGGAGAAACACUGUUAUUGGCAUAGAUCAUUGGUUAACAGGUGCGGAGGAUCCACAUGUUAGUACUGAAUUGCAUGAAUCAAUUCGCAGUGCCCAUGUCAACUCAUUAUUGAACGAAGAAUGCUCUGGUUGGGAUAUUGAGUGCGUGAACGACAUCUUUAAUGAGAGAGAUGCAGAUAUUAUUUUAAAUAUCCCUCUGAGUAUGCGUAAACCCCAUGAUGUUUGGGUUUGGAAUGGUGAACCCAAAGCAGCAGGAAUCAACAAAACAUCUUUUUAUGGAUUGUCAUUAUGCUGCUGCCUUAUGGACGUGCAUGGGACUGCCUUCUCUAAAUGCGCAAGGAAUGACAUGGUAUGGAAGGGGAUCCCUUUUGCGAGCAGUAACGUCACCGACAUGUCUCUUUCAUUUCUCAACAAUUGGAGAUCUGCGCAAGAAACGGGCGGGGAGAUAAUGGAUGAUAGGCAUGAAUCGUGUAGUUAG